AUGUCAUCACGGACGCUGUAUGAUCAAGGUGUAACGCAAGCUCAGUGGGGUGAGCAGUUGCUUCAUACCAAACCGUGCGUAAAUAUUCAGCUACCACAGCCGGAACAUUCACUUCACCGCGAGGCCAGUGAGGCAGAGCGCGAUAAAGCGUUGAAGUCGGCUUUAGGCAUGCUGAGCGCUGUACUUGCUCGAUCAUCCGGGAACACGAAAGCUAUCGUUGAUUCUCCCGCUUUCGUGGCGAAAUCUGUUGAAUUACUACUACAACUGCUCUGCACCUCUUCUUUUCCGUCGCUCCCGCAUCAACAUAAUCCUUCGGCAUCACCGGCACCCCUGUCAACGGUCCCGCCUAUACAACAGCAGCGGUGGCUGAAAAUCGAUUUUUGCGAUCGAGAAUAUUUUGUUGAUUCUGUCUGUAGGAACGUUCGCACACUUGUUGAACUAGACUGCGGCCCGCACCUCUUCGCCGAACUGGAGCAAUGCCUAAAGGGGUACGUCACAUCCAUGGUGGAGUUACUUACGAGUAGUGGGGAAGAUGGUGUGACUGCCGAUGUGUUAUUUGUGCGUCUUGCUCAUGCAUGGGGCCAUUACUACCUAGCCGUUGCGGAGCUGCAGGAGGUUUGGGUCUACUUCGACCGCUGGUACGUGUUUAAAACACAUGCAGUGAAGUCUAUCGAGGGGUUGGCUAUUGAAAUUUUGCGUGAGGGGCUGUUGCUUCACCCCUGGCUUCUACCACGUGCGCAGUUGGGAUACCUGGAUUGCCUCAGUCGUGAUAUUGUUGUGCACGCAAAUAGCAGUGUAGAGAAUAGCAACGGUGACGGUUGGAACUCUCGUCACGAACUUCGGCUCUUCACAGACCUGUGCGCAGCAGUGCAGGUGUAUUUCUUGCGCGUGGAGCCGGAGAUUGUGGCAUUGGUGGGGAAGUUCUACAUGGAAGAGGCAGAUCGCAUGUGGAGUGCAGGUGUUCCCGCUGGAAUAUUCUUUGCUAGAGUAGAGCAGUUUCUGCUAGAAUGUCGGGAGCGCGUGCGCGUCUGCUUGGUUUCUUACUCCUUACCAAAGCUUGAAAGCGUUACUCAGAGCUCUUUGCUGCUUACUCACGGCGUCGCCUUCCUCGAGCGUGAUUUCGCAAAUCUGGCAAUGGAGAAAAAAUACGACUGCUUCCGUCUUGCGUGGAGGCUUCUUGCUUCGGGGAAGUAUGUGCGUCUCGGUAAGCAGUGCAAUGCCGUUUUCCGCGCUUAUAUACUGCAACAAGGACUGUUAGUGAUGCAACGAUUUGCUGCGAGAUCGGUGGAGAGGGAUGUAUUUGGGACCGUCAAAGCAAUGAUCGAGCUCAUGCACCGUGGUGAAACUAUAAUUUCUGAAGGGUUUCCUGAGGAUAGUGCAACAUUUUCCAUACAGUUGCGUGAUGCGCUAACUGAAGUCUUGCAAGGGCAUCAGAUGGAGUUUGUUGAGCAGUUAGCCCGCUACUUAGACUGGGUGGUGCGUGGAAGUGACACGAGCACCGCGCUUGGGCAAAGUGAUCAUAGUGAAAGCAAGCCGAUGGCCACCGCUGAUGGAAGCAGUGACGUUGGUGGCGUCCUUAAGCUUCUGGAUGAUAUUGGUCGCAUCUAUUCUUUAUUUCCGUCCAAAGAUAUUUUCGAAAAGUUGUACUGGAGAGAUCUUGCGCGUCGGCUCCUUCAUCACCCGCGAGGAACGCCAUGUGUGGACGUGGAGGGGCACUUUAUUCAGAUUCUGCGUGAAAUCGUUGGAACGGAUGCGGCAAAGUUCGAGGGAAUGGUUAACGACCUCAUGUCGUCGCAGGAGUUAAAUGAGCGAUUCCGGUUGUGGGUAGUAAACAAGCACACCGAGGUGCCGCCGUUAUCUCCCCCACCCACGAGCGUGGCCAAUGAAGAGGAUGACCAGACGGAGACACCUCAGCCGAAAGCACAACACAACAAUGAAGGAUAUGAAGAGGAGGAGGAGAACCACGAGGCUGUUGAAGCCGCGCUCGCCGCAGUAGACGUGAAACUGAACGUUCUCACGGAUGGAUACUGGCCAAAGCAAACGCCACUGAGUACCGAGCUACCCCCACAGUUGCGCGUUUUAGCCAAAAGUAUGGAAGUUUUUUACCGAAAGUGCUUCGCUAAACGCCGUUUGAUUUGGUUACAUCAGCUUUCUUCCGCUGUUGUUAAGUCGGCAGUCGGUAACUCAAGGCGGCAAUUGUCAGGAACUCUUGUACAAGCGAACGUGCUGCUCGCCCUGCAAGAAAUUAUAGAUGCAGGGAUGCAUUCGGAGCAGUUAUGCGUAUCAGUUGGCGAGAUUUGUGGUCAACUUGGGUUGGAUAUCUCAUUGCCUGACGUUGUUGGUGCUAUUCUUGGUCUGUGCCAUCCCAAAUUUCGGUUACUUCUUCGCGCUCCCGGUUCCGGUACGGAUGGCUCAAACCAACAUGGGAGUGAUGACGCCUCCGGUUAUGGGUCUUCGGUUGGUGUUGUGGCUGCCACCCUUCUCGGUACUGAUAUCUUGCGCAUCAACCACAGCUUUAGUGUUCCGUCACAGUUCUGCCGCAUUCCGUUCCUUGGCGCUCGCCGCCGCGGAGGUGACGGAGCUGUUGACGAGAGAGCUGCUGAUACCGACGGAGAGCAGACAAUGGAAGACAUAAUGAAGGAUCGAGUGCAUGUCGUAGAUGCCGCCAUUGUUCGUUUGAUGAAGCAACGUCGCCGCGCGAGUCACGAAGAAGUCAUGGAGGAGGUACCGAAACUCGUGAGGUUUCCAGUAACGGCUUCUGCUGUGAAGGAGUCAGCACGGCGGUUGACGGAGCGUGGCUUUCUCGAGAGGGGUAAUACAAAUGAAUAUAUAUAUAUUUCGUAG